AACGGCUGCUCAUUUUAGUUUCUCACGCCGACUUGACGAAGAGGAGGAGGUGCUGUCUUACAAGGUGGAGGAGUCAGAAUCAGAAUCAUCAUCAGAAGAAGAACCAUCAUCAGAAUCAGAAUCAUCAUCAAAAUCAGAAUCCAAGUCCAGUAGUGAGGGAAACACAUGUUGUCAUGUUGACAAAAGCGAGGGACGGGGAAUCGAAAGGCCGUCGGCGGUGGCCAGCGAUGUUUUGGAUGUGGCUUCCAGUGUGUUUGCUCCUGCUGCCUGGCCAGGUGUUGCUCGGCGAAGCCGCCUCCGUCACCUGGGGACAUGUCAACAAAUACGCCAGCGUCCUCCACACCGAAGAUGUUUACCUAGCGCCGGAUUCCCCGGGCCAAGAUAUCGUCUACGGCUCGCAGAAUGCCAGCGAUAACUACCGAAUUACGGGUAUUCAUGUCGAGGAUCUGAGCGGUGGGACAGAGGCUUUACUCACAGCAGGCGGCAUUGGCCAGGAGUUUGUGGUUCUUCAUUCCCAGAGAAAUCAAGAAGCCAAGGAAGAGAACCCAGAACCAGCUCACCUCGAGGUGUCCAUCUAUGGAGUGGACCUAUAGGAUGUCUAUGUUAUGUCUAUGUUAUCUUAUUAGAGAGAGCAUUCCAGGCAUUGUAAAUAUUAAUUAGUAUAAAACCUGCCAAGAACUUUCAGCUGUGCAAGCCAAAAGUACUGAGAAAGUGUAUAGUUCUUUGUAAUGAUUUAAUUUGGAGAACUCUUAGUGGCUUAAUAAUAAAUCUGCUAUUUUAGCCUGUAUAUUUUAUACAUAUAUUACCCUUACAUAUCCUUAAAAAUAAAUUUUUAGCCAUACCAAUUUACUUUUAAAUAUUAUUGAACACACUUUCCUAUUUUAUUUUAUUGUUUCUGUAUAUAAAUUCACUCUAAAACUUCACAAUUUAUUUAUAUAUAUGUAAGUAGACCUUUAUCUAGAAUUGCAAGUACACAGUUAUCAUCAAUGACACUGAAAUUCCCACGCCAGCCUUUAUUUAUUACUAUCUUGAGUGAAAUCAACCUUUAAAUAUUGCAUUAGUUGCUUAAGACAAAUACAAAGCCUUAAUAGUAACGAUAAGCUUUAAUCAUGAAGAAAUUGUGUACAUACGAUACAGAUUUAGUAUGACAUAACUUUGUUAUUAUUGUUUUCAUUGCUUAAGAUAAUAUGGAUUAUUGAAUUAAGAAGCUGUAAUAACAUUGUUAACUUUUAGUCAUUGAGAUAUUAUAAACAAACAAUACAUACAUAAAUAGAAUGACAUAAUAUAUAGUAGUAUAACAUGUUAUACUGUCGUAAAAAACAAUUUUGGUAGCUCUUUCGACUGAAAACUUUGUAACUGGCCCUGGUAAUAAUAUUAAAACUGAAAAGUUGCGAGUGGCUGUGAAGUUUGAACGUCGUUUAAAGGCUGUCGGGUUUUUAUAAUUCUAUGGAAAUGAGGCAGACAACUAUGUAAGUUGUUGGAAGCCAGUAAUAUCUAUCUAUAUCACCCUUUCUUUUUCUCUUUUUCUCAAAACUGCAAUUCAGCUUAUCCCCAAAAAGCUCCUUUUCCAUUGCAAGUAUGUGCAACGUAAGUGGUUUAAAGCUUAUCUUAUAUCAAUCUACAUACUUAUCUUAAUUCGAAAUGAUAAAAACACUUCUAACAGACAAAAAAUAUGAAAUGCCAAAAGUAAAUCCACUCUAUUAAAUGAAAACGCAGCAUGUCAGUGGAAAUUAAAAAGUUUCCUUCAAAACAAAAACAAUGUUUUAUGAAACGCAUCUCGUUUUUCAGCUGUAAGCCAGCAAAAAGUUUUUGUGUUUUACUGGCAAACUAGGUGGGUAAAUUAACUAAAUAAUUGAAUUAUUUUACCUCUCUGUAAACAACUGAAUAUAUUAUUGAGCAAAUUCAUUUAGCCAAACAAAAAGCAGAACUUUUGUUUCCUUUGUUCAAUAUUUGCCCGGAACAAUUUAAAUGUAUUUACCUGUCCACAAUCUAGUAGUGAAUGUUUUCAUUUGCCAUUUUCCAUAUUUGCAGAACAUCCAUUUUCCAGAUAAAGA